UUGAAGUCGAACGAUUCGCGUAUUUAAUUGCGGUCGAGUUUUUAACAUGAAAUACAACGAUACAUAGAUAUCUAAAAAGGAUAUCUCUUGGGAGAGAUAAAGGGAAACUUUCAUCGAGGUUUCUCGUGCCAGAUAACUUCUCGAUAUAUUCGCGUUUAUCGGUUCGAUGCUCGUUCUAUUUGUGCUCAAGGAAUCGAACGGAAAACGUUUACGCGAGAAUCAUCUGUGGCACUUGGAAUACUACUUUCCGACGAAGAAUUUGCCGCAAGGACGAAGAUCAAGGAUCUACAGGAAGUUCUUCGUCACCCACAGAGUCUGCAUCUUGUCGUAUAUUUUGAGCUACUUAUAACGGAUACCGAAAGAUAUAUACGAAGCCGAUAACUAUUUUAACAGCGACCGACAACAUUGUCGUAAAACUUUCGAGCGUCUCGUAAACGCAAACGAUUUACGAUUAGUAGUAUUGAACGGUCAUCAAGAGAUGAUCAAGAACGAUUCCAUCGUUGGAUAUAUUAAAAGGAAGAGACAAAUUUUGUUCGAUCUCUUUUUAUUUGUAAAAAAAGAAGAAAAAGAAGAAGAAGAAAAAAGGAAAUCGAUCGAAGUGGCCCAAAGCGGAUGGAACACGAAAUUACACUGAUCGAUCAAUCGAACUAACAAGAGCACAAACUAGGAUGGGCCUAUUCAAGAUCGCGUUGAUACUCUUGCUGGUAGAAUUCAGUCAUGCCAGGCCUCAAACAGCCGAAGCGGAAACGACUUUACGACAGGAAGUAACGACUGAGGCGAGCAACAAGGAAUGGAAACCACCAAGAUCGACGGAAAAAACUACCGAAAAUGUUCGUCGAGGUGACAGCAGUGUUCAACUGACGAAUGAAACGCAACGCCAGCUGAAAGAUCUCCAGCACAUCAACCAGUCAUUAAGAACGGUCGCUACGCAGUUGCUAAAUGUAACGGGUCAUAACGAAGGGAUUAAAGAAACGAAAAUUGAAACGAAGGAUUCGAGAUUGAACGGGAAGGACGAUGCAUCUUUCGUGAAGGAAAUUAAUGCGGAAAUAAGUAAUCUCGAAUCGAUGGGAGUUAAUUUUGGUAGACCUAUGAAUUCGAAAUUUGGUUAUUUCGAGAGUAGUCAUCCUGGUCAGGCAAUGGUCAUGACCGAGGAAGAACUCGAGAAGGAAAUGAGUUCUACCAGAUUGAUGGCAGGUUAUAAGAAUCAUCCGACGACGACCGGCGGUAUCUCGACGUGGAUUUUAUUAAAUCCACCAUCGACGACGACAAAGAGUCUCACCGAGAACGAUCGACCUGUCACGCCGAAACAAUCUGAGAACGAUGUAAGAUAUACUUUAAAGCCGAUCGUGACUCAUGGGAGAAUAGAGAUAAAGAAUACGAAGAACGAGCAAAAGGUAACGUCGCAAUUACCAUCGACUGCCUCAAUAGAGAAAGUCAUCUUUUCAAGUACGAAGAAAGGUACGAAUAAUAGUACUUUGAAAAAAAUUACUCCUGGUAAUAAUUCCUCGAAACAGGACGAGACAACGCAAUCUUUGGCUAAUUUAGAAGCCAUCGAAAGUACAACUUCGAAGGUAUCACGUACAACCGUUGCCUCGGCUGCGGAUAAUAAAGUAACGUCGACAGUAUCGACGUCUUCAGGUGCGACCACAAAAAGGAUUCAAAUUAUAAGAUCGACUUUAAAGGCAAAGCCGAUGACGACUCCUAGACCCACUGUUCCAAAUAAAUCUGGUACAACGGCAGUUAAAAGACCUCAACAAGGCAAACCUAAGCCGUCUCAGACGAAAAGGACAACGGUGAAACCUGAAGUAUCGAAGAACGACAAUUCCUCCUCGACAGCUAAGGUUGAAAAAGUUACGUUCAAAGCGGUGCCGAUGAUUACAACGCCACGAACUAAGAACGAGAUAACGGAGAAACCGAUAUUCGUCACGAAGAUCAAGGCAUCCGUUCUAAUGGACACUCAGAAAACUGCACCUGCGAACGUAGAUGUUUCUACCGUUUCUAAAAGCAAUUUUUCGGAUACCGAUCUAAUCGAGAUACCGAUCAAAUCGAAACCUCUUGGAACGAGCGUAAAUAACGUCUUGAAGGUGCAAUUGAAGAAGCCGAUCGACGAAUCCACUCAAAUUGAAAUAGAGCCAAUUAAACAGAACGGGACGAUUGAAAAGAUGACGGAGAAGAAACAAUCUGACGAUGAUAUGACUGACAUUGGCUUAAUUAAUCUCAAUGGUUCUAGCAUAGAUUUGAAAUUUGAUUUUAAUCCUGAACUGACGAAGAUCAGUACCGAAACGGAUAGUUCAGCGGAUUCAUUGACAACGUCCUCCACUCAAUCGUCAUAUACGACAACGAAACGACAGAGAAACUCGAAUAAGAGGAAGAAGAACAAGAUUAGACGUCGAAGACCAGCGAGCACGACACCGUUAACAACGACCACGUUUACAACGACGACAACAACAACAACAACGACAGCUCCUUCACCGAUUGACGAAAUAAACGAAGUAUCGGCCGAACCGAUUCUUUUGGACAACGCUAUUCAAGAAUCGAAGGUCGAGCCAGAAUCCAAAAUAACGAAUAAUAUUACGAAGACGAAGAAGAAGCCGCCUCAAAAGGGAAUCAGCACGCAGAUCUAUAAUUUUCUUAGCAGAGAAGUAAUGCCCAGUUUUGGGGUGAUGUCCUUGCUCGGUCUUGGCCUGGGAUUAGCUUCCUAUUUUCUGUAUCCUUUUGGUGGAACAAUCACGCGAAGAAAUUAUGAGGUGGAACCGAAUUACAAGUACAAUUUGGAUGAAUACGGAGGUAAUUAUGGACAGAACGAAGAGGAAGUAUUGUCGAAAGUUCUCCAAGGUAUGACCAAUCAUGAGAAUAAGUUUGGUGCUGGAUCAGACGGGAUCAAGGAUUUCGAUAAAAAUUAUUAUCGUUAUCAUCAUUAUGACGGUGCGUACGACACUCAAUCGAUAAGGAGGACGGAUCAAAGAUAUCCUUUACCAUCGUCAUCGCCAAUUUACAAGCCAACCGAAAAUACAGGGUCUGUGUUAAAAUAUCGUAAUACCGAUUACAGAUAUUCCGAAGCACAAACCACUCCAACUUAUUAUGAUCCACAAAAGCAUAACGAAUUUGUGAUUGGUCAAGAUAAUACGGGAAAUCGACAAUUCGUUGUUGGUAACGUACCUAAAGAUUAUCCAUCCUUUACCGACAAACAUUCUACUUUAUCGACGUCUAAUAAAAAAGAUCCCAACGUUUUCCACGAAUCAACGGAAAGUGGCUUGACGCAAUUUGAGCGUGACAUAGCUCAAGGUCUCAACUUUCCACCAAAUUCGGUGAACGGACAAGGCUAUCAUCAAUCGGAAACGCAAACUUUACGACCCGAGGAUGGUUACGAGGAGAUCGAGAUCACACCUACUGCUGUGGCCGUUGAACACGGACCUAGAUCUUUAAAGAUAAAACGUUCGAUCCUUAAUAAAGUGAACGUUAUUAAUCGUUCUUCCAGAUCGAAAAGGGAUUCUGUUAUUCAAAUAAUCCCGUCAAGACAUGAACUAGAAAAAGAACAAAAAGAAGAGGACUUUAGCAAUGAAAUUCUAGAUAUUAUCGACUCUACUUUAUCUGGCGGCGAAGAGAAAAAAAUAAAAGACAACGAGGUUGACGAUUUUGUUUCACCUAAGAAAAAACUUCGCGAGGAAUCUCAUAAGCAUCAUAAAGAAAUAGAUUCGAGAAAUGAGAUCCAAAGUAACGAGACCGGAAACGACACUAAUUCGAACAAAAAUGUAUUCGACGACAACAAGACGGAGACUAUGGAAAAAAUAACGACUAGAAAACAAAUCGAUAAAAUGGAAGAAUAUUCGGGCAAUGGGUCUUUUGCAACUUCGACAUCUUCGUUGACGAGCGAGGUGUCUGACGGAACCGAACGCGUGAAAGAUAUCGAAGAAACGACCGUCGAAUGGUUCGAAAAUACAACGACGAAAAAAUCGACCGAAGAAGAAGAAGAAGAAGAAGCAGGAGGAGGAUUCAAUCUCUUCAAUUUUGUCAAAAAAGUAGCUGAAAUUAAGUUUAGAUUAGGCUUGACGAUCUUGAAACACGCAAGCGAAGGUUUCGCGAGAUACCUGGGACACGUGCAAAAGAGGAUCAAUGGCGAGGAAUAGGAUGUAACGUACGUAUAAUGUGUUACCUUUCGAAAUUCACGAGUAGAGAGAAUUGUAUGUGAUUGAAGAUGCGACCAAAUUCUAUCGUCUCUUCUUCUUAUAUAUCUGCUUCAGCGUGUAUGUUUUAUUUUAGGAUUACGUAGAACCAGUUUUACACCUUUCUGUCUCAAUAUCAGUCUUAUUUAACUUGAUCGUAAAUAACUUAAUAAUUUAAAUAACUUAAUGAUGGCGAAACUAUCGCAAUUAUUUUUCAUAGUCAACUCGUCAAUCGAGCUUUAGGAAUAUCUUCUAAUAUUGUUAUGACUAUCAAGAAAUCUAACGAAUCUAUCAAAACGAUCUUCUCGCGAUUGAUAGUAGAUUUGGCUCAAUUCAGAUGUUGACGCUUAUCGCUGUGAAACCAUGAUGCUUGCAAAAGUCAAUGGGAUAAAAGGGGGAGAAGGAGGAGGAGAGAAAUAACGGGAUUUAGUCGUUUUUUUUUUUAUCGGAAUUUUAUUGUUUCAAAGAGAGAAAAAAAAAGAAAAAGAAAAAAAGGGAGAAGUACCGAGAAAACACGUUUGAAAAAGGUAGUGGGUAUUUUUUUUUACAAGACUGUCACCCCAUGUUUACACACACGCAAACGAACACACGCGCACGCACACGUUGUUUUAUUGAAAAUUCACUUUAUGUUACAUUUUCAUGUACGUGUGUCUCUUCCCUCCUCUCGGUACGAGGAUAUAUAAAAAUCUAGUAGAGUGUUUAUUACGUAUUUAUAUAUAUAUAAAUAAAUAAAUAAAUAAAUAAAUAAAUAAGUUAAAGUAAAUAUUGCUAGGCAGUAUUCUGUGCCGUGUAAAUAAAAAUAAAAUGUUGAAAGAAAAAAGAAAAAAAAAAUAUAUAUAUGUAUAUAU